AUGGCUGAAAGUAUUAUUGACUUUGUUCUUGUUUCGAUUAUUUUGGCUGCUUUGGCUGUUGCCACGUUGAUUUUGUUGUUUAUGUAUUCCACUCGUAUCCGUCAACCUUUCCACAAGUGUUUGGGUCGAUCAACUACAAAAACAGAAGACGUGGAAACUGGAAUUGCACCGAAAAGAACAACAAUACGUGUUGUGAAAUCACUUCCAAAUAGUUCACUCCCACCAACACCGACUGCUUACACAAAACCGCCAGUUCGGAGAACUCACACAAAUCCAGUGGAAGAAUCAGAUAGUCCGUCGAGACAAUUCAUGUUUAUUUAUCCGAAGAAAUCAAUCGUUCAGAAUUCAUCGAUUCCCGUUUCUGAUCUUGAAAUUCUAUUUUUCAGUGUGAACAAUCAACAUUCGACAGUAGAUCAACCAGAAGUUCAUAUUUGCCAGAAAGAAGGAAUUCGCACUAAUAUCUCGAAGCAGCACUUCUUCCACGAUACGAUUGAUCAUCAAUGUCAUCCGGUAGUUCAUCUUCUCCAAUCUCCUCGUAAUCCUUUUCGAGUGCUGCCAUGUCUUCACGAGCCUCUGAGAAUUCUCCUUCUUCCAUUCCUAGAACAGUUGAAAAUUAAGAAUCAUAAUAAGAAGCCACGUGUCUAA